CACUCCUCACACUUUAUAAGACAUUUUACUCCCACUCUCUCCCUCUCUCCCUCUCUCUGUCUCUCUCUCUCUCUCUCUCUGCUUGUGAUUCACUCUCUGUGGCAGUGAGGAAGCUGAACUCCCAUCCUGAGCUGUGAAUGGUGAGAGGAUAAGAUAAGGAGAAGGCUGGAGGAGGACUACCACCCUGCUGGAGAGGCUGCAGGAGGACGGAGCCGUGACUUGGCUGGAUUUGUCACAACUCGCAGGGAAGAAAACCCCCAGAAAGAACUUUCUGCAUCCACCAGGAUAGACCCUAAACCAGAGGUUCAAGUUAGUAUUUAUUUCACCAAACACACAAUGGGUGCACGAAGCCUUCUGGGCUGCCUUCUCCUCCUCGCUUUGCUCAGCUCAUCAAACGCCGGGCUCGUGAAGAAACUCCUGCGGCAUCGGCGGCAGACGUUGGCGCCCCCCUCGGAACAUAAUGUCUCCCUCCCCGCUGCCGACCACCCCGUGGUCUUCAACCACGUUUAUAACAUCAACGUCCCCGCCAGCUCCCUGUGCUCGGUCAACCUGGACGCUCCAGGAGGCACGGAGCUCCUCCCCAAAGACGCGGCGGCGGCGGCGUCCUCCAUCGACCACCACGUCACCGAGCACACGCUCGACCAGGAGAACCAGAUCGUCUUCACCCACCGCAUCAACAUCCCCCGCAAGGCCUGCGGCUGCGGCGACGACCUGCCCGGCCUGAAGGACCUCAUGAGCCGGCUGGAGAUGCUGGAAGGAGAGGUUUCAGCUCUGAGGGAUCAGUGCAAGACUGACGGGACCUGCUGCAGCAACGCUCAGGUCGCAGGCAAGUUGGGAACCAAGCCAUACUGCAACGGGCAUGGAAACUACAGCACCGAGACCUGUUCCUGCGUCUGUGAGCCUGGAUGGAAAGGACCCAACUGCUCUGACGCCGCGUGCCCAGGAAACUGCCAGAAAAGAGGCCGGUGCGUGGACGGGCGGUGCGAAUGCCCGAAAGGCUUCGCCGGGGCGGACUGCUCGGUCGAGGUCUGUCCGGUGGACUGCGGCGCGUACGGCAGCUGCGUGGGCGGCGUUUGCGUUUGCACAGACGGUUUCUUCGGCGAGGGCUGUUCUGAAAGCAACUGCCCCAACAACUGCAGAGGCCACGGCCGCUGCGACGACGGAUACUGUAUCUGCGAAGAACCCUGGACUGGCUUCGACUGCUCCGAGCUCAUCUGCCCCAAAGACUGCUACGACCGGGGGCGCUGCGAGAACGGCACCUGCCACUGCGAGGACGGAUUCACCGGGGAGGACUGCGGGGAGCGCGCCUGCGUCAACAACUGCGGCGGCAACGGUUUCUGCGUGGACGGCCGGUGCGUCUGCACCGCCGGCUACAGCGGGGCGGACUGCUCCAAGCUCACCUGCCUGAACGACUGCAACGGCAGAGGCACGUGCUUCAACGGGAUGUGCAUCUGCGACGCGGGAUACCAAGGCGAGGACUGCAGCCAGCUGGCGUGCCUGAACAACUGCAACAGCAGGGGCCAGUGCAUCAACGGCCAGUGCUCGUGCGACGUCGGCUUCCAGGGAGACGACUGCUCCGAGCUGUCCUGUCCCAACAACUGCCUCAGCAGGGGGCGCUGCGUCAACGGCCAGUGCGUGUGCGAGGAGGGCCUGGCGGGCGAGGACUGCAGCAUCCGCACCUGCCCGUCCAGCUGCUACGGCCGCGGGGAGUGCGUGGACGGACGCUGCGUCUGCCACACCGGCUUCACCGGGCGGGACUGCGGCGAGCUCAGCUGUCCCUACAACUGCCAGAACCGCGGCCGAUGCGUCGACGGCCAGUGCGUCUGCGACGAGGGCUUCAGCGGGGAGGACUGCGGCCAGAAGGCGUGUCCCAACGACUGCCUGGCCCAGGGUUACUGCCGCGACGGGAGGUGCGUCUGCAGGGAAGGCUACUCGGGAGACGACUGCUCUGUGCUCGUCUGUCCCGACAACUGCAACAACAGGGGGCGCUGCGUCAACGGAAGGUGUGCCUGCGUCAGUGGAUACGAGGGAGAGAGCUGCUCACUGCUGACUUGUAUCAAUAACUGCCAGGAAAAAGGCCGCUGCGUCAACGGUCAGUGUGUCUGUGACGAAGGAUACAUCGGAGAGGACUGCUCAGAAGUGUCUCCUCCGAAGGACCUGACGGUGGGCGAGGUCACCACCGACACCGUGGACCUGUCCUGGAACAACGAGAUGCUCGUUACGGAGUACCUCAUCACGUACGUGCCCACCGUGCCCGGGGGGCUCCAGCAGGAGGUCACGGUGAGCGGCGACAAGACGGCCGCCACCGUGAAGGAGCUGGAGCCGGGCUUCGAGUACCUGAUCAACGUUUACGCCGUCCUGAGCAACAAGAGGAGCGUCCCCGUCAGCGCCAGGGUGGCCACGCAUCUUCCGCAGCCCGAGGGCUUGAGGUUCAAGUCAGUGAGAGAGACGUCGGUGGAGGUGGUGUGGGACCAGCUGGACAUCCCCUUUGAUGGCUGGGAGAUCUAUUUCCGCAACACGAAGGAAGAAAAUGGAAAAAUCCUGAGCACCCUUCCCUCCUCUCAGAACCAGUUCACGCAGUCGGGACUCGGACCAGGACAGGAGUAUGAAGUAUCCAUCAACGUCGUGAAAAACAACACCAGAGGACCCCAGACGUCCCGGACGGUCACUACCAAGAUCGACGGCCCGCCGCAGGUGGAGGUGAAGGACGUGACGGACUCCUCAGCUCUGAUCAGCUGGUCGCAGCCGGUGGCUCCCACGGACAAAGUGACCAUGUUUUACUCGCCCACCUCCGACCCGGCACAGAAAGCCCGAGUGGACGUCUCCCCGCCGGACAAGCAGUACAGCAUCAGCAGCCUGAAGCCGGACACCGAGUACACGGUGUCGCUGGUCUCCUGGAGCAGCGGCGUCAGCAGCGACCCCGUCACCACCUCCUUCACCACAGCCCUGGACGCCCCCUCGGACCUGCAGCCCGUGUCUCAGACGGACAGCAGCAUCACUCUGGAGUGGACCAACAGUGAGGCGGACGUCAGCAGCUACCGGGUGAAAUUCAGCCCCAUCUCUGGCGCCGUUCACGGCGAGGAGGUGUUCCCGCGGGGGCCGGGACGCACCACGCAGGCCACCAUCACGGGGCUGCGGCCGGGGACGGAGUACGGGAUCGGAGUGACGGCGGUGAAUAACGAGAGAGAGAGCCUCCCCGCCACCAGCAACGCCGCCACCGACAUCGAUCCUCCCAGAGAUUUUGAGCAGGUGGAGUCCACCGAGACGUCGGUCACCGUGCGGUGGCAGAAGCCUCAGGCCAAAGUCAGCGGCUACAAGCUGGACUACGUCUCCAGGGACGGGCAGGCGGAGGAGGUGGAGGUCCCGGCCACGGCCAGCAGCCACAUGCUGCACAGCCUGACGCCCGGCAUGAGAUACACCCUGACGCUCACAGCAGAGCGGGGACACCGGAGGAGCAGGCCCGUCUCCCUGUCGGCGUCCACAGAGGAGCUGAGGCCGAGGGUGGUGAACCUCACCAUCUCGGACAUUACAUGGGACAGCUUCACUGCGUCCUGGAGCCCCUCGGGCGGCGAGUUUGAGACCUUUGUCAUUGAGGUGACAAACUUGGAGAAUCUGGCAGAGAGCCAAAACCUCACUCUGUCCGGAGACGCUCUGAGCCUGGGCAUCUCCGGGCUCAACCCCAACACCAGCUACAUGGUGGGCCUGUAUGGGAUGUAUGAGGGCUCCAUCCUUGAGCCCGUGUACAGUGAAGGCACCACAGAGGCCGAGCCGGAAGUGGAGCAUCUCUUUGUCUCGGACGUGACGGCGGACAGUUUCCGCCUGUCGUGGACGUCCGACGAAGACCUGUUCGACAGAUUUGUCAUCAAAGUCAGAGACAGCAAGAGGAUGACGCACCCUCAGGAGCUCAACGUGCGCGGCGAUGAGCGGACCAAGGUCAUAACCGGACUUGUGAGUGGCACCGAGUAUGAAAUCGAGCUUUACGGUGUCACACUGGACCAACGCUCCCAACCUAUUACAGGGAUUGCUCAGACAGGCCUGAGUAACCCCAGAGGGCUCCACUUCUCUGAAGUGACCGAGUCGUCAGCUGUAGUUCACUGGUCGGCGCCUCGAGCUCCGGUCGACAGCUACCGCAUCACCUACUUCUCCUUUGACGGAGGAAGCCCGAUGUCCAUGACUGUGGACGGCAGCGUGUUCGAGGCUCUUCUGCCCAACAUGAAGCCUGGAAAGACGUACCAAGUGACUGUGAGCGCCAUGAAGGGCCUGGAGGAGAGUUCUCCCAGCACCGACACCAUCACCACAGCUCUGGACCGGCCGCAGGGUCUGACGGCGGUCAACGUGACCGACACCUCGGCCCUGCUGCUGUGGCAGCCGUCCGCAGCCACCGUCGAUGGCUACGUCAUCUCCUACAGCACCGACACCGUGUCCCCGGUGGAGGAGCAUGUCUCCGGGAACAUCGUGGAGUUCGAGAUGAACUCCCUCCUUCCAGGAACCUCCUACACGGUGGGAGUUCAGGCUGUGAAGGAAGCCCUGAGGAGCGACUCGGCUGUGACCCAGUUCACCACAGGUGUGGAUCCUCCUCGAGACCUGACGGCCACAAACAUCCAGACCGACAGCGCGACUCUGACGUGGAGGCCGCCGCACUCUGCCGUCACCGGGUACACGCUCACCUUCUCCUCAGCCGAGGGCAACAUCAGGGAAGUGGUGCUGAGCCCGACGGCGUCCUCCUACAGCAUGUCGCAGCUGAGCGGCUCCACCGAGUACAGCGUGAGGCUGCAGGCCAACGCCGGAGCCCAGAAGAGCCGCCACGUCGCCACCGCCUUCACUACCGUCGGGCAGCUGUACAGACGCCCCAGAGACUGCGCUCAGGUGCUGCUGAACGGGGAGACGACCUCCGGCCUCUACACCGUCUACAUCGGAGGAGAGGAGGGGCAGCCCAUCCAGGUCUACUGUGACAUGAGCACAGACGGAGGAGGAUGGCUGGUCUUCCUCAGACGACAGAACGGAAAGCUGGAGUUCUUCAGGAACUGGAAGAAUUACACCGCUGGCUUCGGGAACUUGAACGAUGAGUUCUGGCUCGGCCUGGCCAACCUCCACAAGAUCACAUCCCUGGGUCACUACGAGCUGCGGGUGGACCUGAGGGACAGCGGCGAGUCGGCCUACGCUCAGUACGACAAGUUCACCAUCGCCGAGCCCAGAACGCGCUACAAACUCUACAUCGGGGCCUACAGCGGAACCGCAGGUGACUCCAUGACGUACCACCAGGGUCGGCCUUUCUCCACCUACGACAACGACAACGACAUCGCCGUCACGAACUGCGCCCUGUCCUACAAAGGCGCCUUCUGGUACAAGAACUGCCACCGCGUCAACCUCAUGGGGAAAUACGGAGACACCAGCCACAGUAAGGGGAUCAACUGGUUCCACUGGAAAGGCCAUGAACACUCAAUCCAGUUCGCAGAGAUGAAGCUCCGACCGGCCAACUUCAGAAACUUUGAGAGUCGAAAAAAGCGAUCGUAGACUCGUGAAUUAUUCCUCCUCCUCCUCCUCCUCCUCCUCCCCCUCCUCUUCCUCUUGCACCUU